GUCGGUGCAGGCAGCCAUCUGCGGGCUGCUGACCGAAGACAUCUCAGUGAUCUCACCCACUUCCCGAGGAAGAACGACUUUUUGUGUCAUACAUGUCCACGACAACAUGCUCCCAUGUCAAUCCCCGAGUUGAAGCAAAUCGUACCUGUGAUAUCACGAUGUCUCCUGUUUACUGGCGCUUGAAACAUGGCUACAUUCGGCUUCUUACCCUCCUUCCGGGCGACGUGUUUGAUCCUUUAUCAUGCUCUUUGCAAGAGGUCUUGCUGGAAUCGUCUCCUUAUUUCGAGGCUAUUUCGUGCGCAAGAAAGGCAUUCGAUGUUUCUGAGAAUCUGACUGUUCAAGCCUGCGAGUCGAAUGGAAGCCCCAAAGUCAUCCCAAUCUCAUCGCAGAUUCUUUCCCUUCUAUUCUCCCUUCGCAGCACAGUCGACGCGAGGACACUAUGGAUCUACGAAAUCUGCGUUGAGCAGGCAGAUUCAUCAGAAAAGAGCACCCAAGCGAAGCUCUUGCGGCGGAUCUUCGAAAGUGCUGUCCGCGUGAUUUUGUGGCUAGGUCCCACCCCCGAACACGAACGCAGCGAUCGGGCUCUCACGUUUCUCAAGAGAAUGGCGAUGCAUAGGAAAUACAACGAUAGAGGUGAAUACCUCGGUGGCAGGAGAGUUGGCUCCGACACCAGCUCUGAGUGUGGAGUUGGGAGGCGGGCGGGUAUUUCGGACGAGGAGACGGACGACGAUGAUGAUGAGGAGGACGAUGAUGAUGAGGAGGACGAUGAUGAUGAGGAGGACGAUGAGGAGGACGAUGAGGGCUACGAAAGCGGGCUCCUUUCUGAUAAUGACCUCGAUAUCGUUGAUGAUAGGACUUCUUUCACAGUCUCGUCUGAUGCCAGGGCUUACUUCGAGAAUACCAACACAUCAGAGCCGCUCACGUCUCAUUCUAAAUGUCUUCCCACCGAGAUACAUCAGUUCUUUUCUGGCAUUGGAUGGUUCUUGCGUAGCAAGUACCGGCACUACUUCGUCUACGGCUACUGGAACCCAUACCGAGCAUGGAGAAUCAGCAGAGCCUGGGAAAGGGCUGUCCUAGCAUGGGAGCUUAACCAGUCAAGAGUUGGCCAUAUAGCUUUUGGGCGGCCCGAGCGCUAUCGAGCCGAAUGGGAGGCGGUUGACAGACUCCUUGAACAUCCAUGGUGGAGCCAGACGUGGACUAAGCGACUCAUGGAUGGAAAGCUAUCAGAUCUCUUGUGGAACACCUGGGACAGAGAUGUGGCUGACCCUCGUGAAAAAGUGUUUGUGAUGCUCAGUCUCGCUAGUAGCUUCCGUUGCUGGUCUCAACCUGAUUACAACAGGUCCGUCGAGCAGGUAUUCUGCGCAGCAGCAAGAGAUAUAAUCCGUGACGAAGACAGCCUUGACAUCUUGUUGGCGGGUGGAAGGACGAGGAGAGAGGACGAGGCAAUCUCAUUGCCGAGCUGGGUUCCCGACUGGCGCAGGGAACAUAGCCCACUUCAGGGGCGGCCGAUACCCCUGGUUGAUAGAUCGCGUCUCCAUUUUCUCUUCGUCACUGGGUCGAUUGAGUCUCUCGUUGUCAACGGACAUGGAUUCACGGCUUGCGCAGGCGCAAAACCAGUUGCUUGGUUCAGCCAUGAUCUCGACUGGUUGCAUGUUCGAGCCGUAUUCGUUGAUGAAGUGGAGUCGACUGCUCCUCCGCAUGGCCCGAGAUCAGAGGCUGGCGUCAAGAACACCGUGAAUGAUGCUUGUCUCGUAGCCCAGGCUGCGUUCUUCGACGGGAAGCCUCAUUGGUGGAAUAAGGAUGAGAAGGAUGGGUUGCCUGGCCUGGUUAAGAAAGUUCUAAUGGCUGGUUCUCGUGGCAUGAUGGAAGAAGAGGAAGCCAUAGGAGAGACCAUGAUCUUCCGACGCUUCUUCGUCACAAAUAAUGAGCGAUACCUCUGUAUUAGAACCGAAGGAACACUACCAGGAGACAAAAUUUUCAUUGUUGCUGGAUGCAAUCUGCCCCUGGUUCUCAGGGAGCACAAGCAGGCAACAAAGAAUGGGACGACGCUAUAUGAGCUGGUGGGGGAAGCAUACGUCCAUGGCAUCAUGAAAGGUGAAGUCAUGGCAGGUAGGAAGGCCAAGGUUGGGUGGAAGAAGUUUGCUUGGUGGCGGCCACCGAGGAAAAGUGAAGUCAGUUGGGAGGAGUUGGUUAUUCAGUGAGAUCCAUAAACAAACCUACACGGCUAUCGAAUAGUACGACUAUACCUCAGAAUUAGGGCAUUGUAGAGACUAAACAUACAAAAAGUCUUUUGUCAUUUACAACAAGAUAGCAAGAUUCGAACCCAUGGCGAGAAGCG